UGACGUCCAUCGACUUGCUGAGAAGUCUCCGGGGCCGAGGCCUAAAGACUUUUUUUGUUUUUGUAAACGCCCGCUGUGAAAAUUGAGCGUGGAUGCCCGGAGUUCGGUGCCCGUUUUGACCGGGUGUGAACCGAUGAAGCACUUUACCCUGUGAUCGAAGCAGAAACGGUCGGAAACGUUAGCCAGCUAGUUGAAGCUACCGCUAACUGCCAGCGAGGAAGUGAGGAACGAAAAAAAUGACAUCUCGGAGGUGGUUUCACCCCAACAUCACAGGUGUGGAGGCUGAAAACCUCCUGCUGACUCGUGGAGUGGACGGGAGCUUUUUAGCCAGACCCAGUAAGAGUAAUCCCGGAGACUUCACCCUCUCAGUACGGCGAAAUGGAGCCGUCACCCAUAUUAAGAUCCAAAACACAGGAGACUACUACGACCUUUACGGCGGGGAGAAGUUUGCCACUCUUGCAGAGCUGGUGCAGUAUUACAUGGAACAUCAUGGGCAACUGAAGGAGAAAAAUGGAGAUGUUAUAGAGCUCAAGUAUCCACUCAACUGUGCUGAUCCCACCUCAGAGCGAUGGUUCCACGGACACUUGUCAGGCAGGGAGGCCGAGAAGCUGCUGACGGAGAAAGGGAAGAACGGCAGCUUCCUGGUGAGAGAGAGCCAGAGCCAUCCUGGGGAUUUUGUCCUGUCAGUUCGUACGGGAGAUGACAAGACGGACAGCAGUGACAGCAAACCCAAAGUCACCCAUGUCAUGAUCCGCUGCCAGCACGACCUGAAGUACGACGUGGGCGGAGGCGAGAAGUUUGACUCCCUCACCGACUUGGUGGAGCACUACAAGAAGAACCCCAUGGUGGAAACUCUGGGAACUGUGCUUCAGCUAAAACAGCCCCUGAACACUACUCGUAUUAACGCAGCAGAGAUUGAAAGUCGAGUCAGGGAGCUGAGCAAACUGGCGGAGGCCACAGACAAAGUCAAACAGGGCUUCUGGGAAGAAUUUGAGACUUUGCAGCAACAAGAGUGCAAGCUGCUCUACAGUCGCAAAGAGGGCCAGAGAGCAGAGAACAAAAACAAGAACAGAUACAAGAACAUUCUGCCAUUCGACCACACACGCGUGGUGCUGAAUGAUGGGGACCUAAAUGAGCCAGGCUCUGACUACAUCAAUGCCAAUAUCAUCAUGGUAGUAUCCGCUGUCAUGCCGGAGCUGGACCCAAAGUGUAACAGUAGCAAGGCAAAGAAGAGCUACAUUGCCACUCAGGGCUGCCUACAGAACACCAUCAGUGAUUUCUGGAGGAUGGUGUUUCAGGAAAACUCUCGAGUCAUCGUCAUGACGACCAAAGAGGUGGAGAGAGGAAAGAGUAAGUGUGUGAAGUACUGGCCGGACGUAUCGGCUCUGAAGGAAUACGGCGCCAUGCGCGUUCGUAACGUCAGAGAGACGGCAGCACACGACUACAUCUUAAGAGAGCUCAAACUGUCCAAAGUCGGACAGGGAAACACAGAACGUACAGUUUGGCAGUACCACUUCAGGGCCUGGCCGGAUCACGGAGUCCCCACUGACCCGGGCGGUGUACUCGACUUCUUAGAGGAGGUCAACCUGAAACAGGAGAACAUAGAGGACGCUGGGCCUAUAGCAGUACACUGCAGUGCAGGGAUCGGGCGGACAGGAACUUUUAUAGUCAUUGACAUCCUGAUAGAUGUGAUCAGAGAAAAAGGGGUGGACUGUGACAUCGACGUGCCAAAGACCAUCCAGAUGGUUCGCUCUCAGCGCUCUGGGAUGGUGCAGACCGAGGCGCAGUACAGAUUCAUCUACAUGGCCGUGCAGCAUUACAUAGAAACGCUGCAGAGACGCAUCGAGGAGGAGCAGAAGAGUAAGAUUAAAGGGCGCGAGUACACCAACAUUAAAUACUCUUUGUCUGACCUGACUGGAGGAGAGCAGAGCCCUUUGCCUCCUUCCACUCCUAUUCCUACUCCCACCUGCACAGAGAUGAGGGAGGACAGCUCCAGAGUGUAUGAGAACGUGGGCCUGAUGCAGCAGCAGAAGAGCUACAGAUGAGAUUCACCUUUGACCCCAGUGUUCUGUCAGUUCCAGGAUCUUGAUACCUGACAGUUUUUUCGCCAGCCACACCUUGACGCCUGAGACUUGACCGUAAUGACAUGGAGCAAUGGAAAUAACACACACACGCUCGCACGCACGCACACACUGACACACACUUACACACACACACACACAAAACACAAAAAGUGUAAGAGACCAGACACCAGGGUCCUCCUGUUCUCGCUCAUCUUACAUGAACAUUUGCCCUCUAGUUGAAUUCUAAACCACUGUGAUCAUCAUCAGAAGAAGCCUUUGAGAGGCCGAACAUGCUAAAUCCCCUAAACAGCAGUUUGGGUUUAGCCUUUGUAAAUCUCUCCCCAACAAGGGCUGCAAACAGUGAGCACUCUCCUCAGAGGGAAAUACCUAGCUAACCUUUGUUCUUCUCUCACUUUUCUACUUCUUUUUUUUUUUUUUUUUUUUUUUUUUUUUUUAAAUUAACCAAAGGAAAGUUAUGUAGAUUGUGUUGUGUAGGUGGAAGUGAGGAGUUUUCUGAAUGAAAGGCCUGUGCCAAAACCACAAAUGAUUUUAUCCACAUUUCUCAGCCACUUAAAAGUCUCUAAACCGGCCUGAAAAGCCUUUGAAGCAGUGGGAGACGAGACCUUAUUUGUGGACAAAAGUGGGGCAAAAUUUCCAGUGAUUAUUGUCUAGUUUUCACUGUGUUCUAUAGAGUAAUGUUUCUGAAUGAAGAAGUAUUGGCAUUCUAGUGUAAUACCAUAUUUACAGUUGAUCUGUUAGUAAUCCACUGACUUCUAAACAUGAAUUCCUUUUUUUUUUUUUUUUUUUUUGUGCCAGAACCGCCUUGAUUAGAAAUGUAAAUUCAGGCUGUUUGAGUUUGAAUUAACUUUUUAAUUUUCUAGUGCACAUGGGUUUAAUAUGCUUUUGUUGGGAUACACGGUGUCUGAUAGUUAACCAUUCCUCAGCUCAAGCCGAAUGUCCUUAAUGCUGCACGUUUAUUUAGCAGCAUGACAGUUACAGUCAAGCCUUGAUUCACCUGGUGGAUUUAUAAAUAAUCUAAUCUGGGGUUAGUACAGGAGUUUUUUGGGGGGGGUGGGCGGGGGCAUGUUUGACUUUUGCCCCCCUCCCGUCAUGCCUGCACUUCUAUGUCAAAGUCCGUGUGAUGACGUAUUAAGAUUUCAGGGGAGUCUGUUGUGUAUCUCAGUUGCAGGCAUCGCCACAGAUGCACGGCUGCCAAAAAAAAAACUUUGUUUUUUUUUAAGUUUUUUUUUUUUUUUUUUUUUUAAGUGCAUAUUACAUUUUUUUUCAUUCUUUCUUGUUCUUUUUAAAAUGCCUUUUGUGUACCAUUGCCUAUUUUGAGCACCACAUGUACUUAAGUUUAAGAGUCACUGUUUAAAAACAAUCACACGUCUCAGCUUUGGCAGUAUAGAUAGUCAUUGUUGUGGUGAUAGAUUGUUGGGCCUGUGAUAGUCGGCUGGAUUCAGUAGUUAAUACACACACACACUCACACGUGCACACAAGCAUACAGGUUUCAACAGGAGAGUGUUUUCUUGUUUUCUGUGGAUGUUAAUCAGAUUAAACCAUUUAAAGGAACAGUCCAACAUUUUGGGAAUUUCACUCCACUGCUUUCUUGCACGGUCACAUGAGAAGACAGACACCGCUCUCAUGCCUGCACACUAAAUAUGAAGCCCGCCGCUGGUUAGCUUAGCAUACAGACUGACAGUCUGUCUCUGUCCAAAGGGGACAGCAAAACUCUGGGGCGUCACUUCUCCCUGGACAAGAAAUAAUUCCAGCACAAGUGACUCACUGUAAAAACACAACAGGGUGUUUAUCAUUUCAAAUCAGUGAGCUUUAGAGGUGGUGGUAAACAGAAGAAAACACCCAGCAGCUGCUUAGCUUAGCUUAGCUUAGCUUAACAUAAAGAAGCACAAAGAUUGGAAACAGGAGGGAACAGCACCUCUAAAUCUCAUUAACAUGUCACAUCUGGUUUGUUAAGUCUUUAAAAAAAUAAAUGUAAGAAAUGAAGAGUUGCGAUCCAAAGGUUUUGUCAUAGAGAUGGAGCUACGCUAGCUGUUUCCUCCCGCUAAACUAAGCUAAUCGCCCUGUAGCUUCACUUGCAGUGCACAGAUAUGAGAGUGGUACAGGAGCUUCUCACCCAACUCCAGAAAGCAAAGGAGCGCAGUUCCCAGGAUGUCAGACUGCUCUUUUAACGUUCUCUUCUCAAUCAGCUGCAGGAUUUAAGGAAGUAAAAUAUUUUGUAUUCCUGUGAAAACCCACACACUCACCAACUCAUUUCAGACAUGUGGCCUGAGCAUUUUCAUUUGUCAAGGCUUCCCAGCUUCCGCACACUAGCUUACCAUCACUCGCCUUGAGAAACUGCAGUCUUGUGAUUGAACUCACUGUAACCGUGCUGACUCAGAAUCUCUCAGUUGAGAAAAAGGAAGCAGUGGCGCUUCUCUUUGCCUUGAGGGACAGUUCUCAACCACCGCUGAUCCAGGGUUGAACAGCUUCUUUGUGUAACAUUUGAAAAUCAUGAAAUCAGUGUUUUUUUCGGGGGCUGCUUCCUCCCACCGGAGGACUGUGCUAUCACUCAGCCGCUGCUUCACAGCAAGUGUUCUUUGAAACUUCUUCUCCCGGGUGAACGCCAUCCACUGACUGAGUUAGGAGAUCUUCUGUAGUGUGGUGUACUGUAUGCAGUUUUAUCGUCAAACGGAUGAGUUUGUACUUGUCUAAUGUUUCGUGGAGUGCUUGUUUGUGGUGUUUCGUGUCCUGUGUGUGUGUGUGUGUGUGUGUGUGUGUGUGUGUGUGUGUGUGUGUGUGUGUGUGUGUGUGUGUGUGCGUGUGCGUGCAGGGAUGUGUGUAUGUGUUGUGAGAGUGUGGCUGUCUCAUCAGCCGUAAGUUCUUGGAUUCUUUCUUGUUUUUGUUUUUGGUUUUUUUUUCGCAGAUGAUAAAACUGCUUUCCAUUUAUCAUGUAAGCAAUUUAGAUGCAUAGACGUGCCUUCUAUGCAUAUGCCUAUGUGUAUGUGUUAGGUAUUAAAAAUAACAAACCAGUGCUCUUUAGUUUCCACCGCCAUUCAAGAACCUGUAACACUUAAAUGUGAAUUCUUUCAUCCUGAACAAAAAAGGAAAAACGGUGAUCGCAAUGCAAACAAACUAUAUUUUUUAACAUGUAUAUUGUACAUGAGUACCAGGUAGAGGAGAAUGUACUUACUAAAACAUAUCUACUUGCCAAUAAGAUAUACUGUAUGUAUAUUCCUACAGCUUUCUCUCUGUGACACAGGGAGGGACCUCUCACAAAGCUUAAGAGGUUUUAUUGUAUGACUUUCAAUGCAGUUAACCAUGUUAACUUCCUCAGUAACAAUAAAUGGCUAGCUCAUGCCUCAUUAGGUCCAUGUCUUUUUCUUUAUGUGUGUAUUUGACCGCUGUUGCUCGACGUAUGCACAAAAUGGUGAUGUCAAAUGUGAUCGCCAUCAUUUUGAUUCAUUAAAGAAAAGCUUUAAUUGGA